AGACAACUCUCUCGACAGAGAAAGGAAACCAUCCUUGGGUUUACCGAAUACCGUCUUCGAAAGCGAUGGACGAACGAGAUCUUCCGUAGUCGUUUUCUCUGCGUAUAUUCUUCUACCUUGUUGUCAACACGAGCAAAAGCGACGCCGCAGAUAAGCCAUUUCAAGAGUUCUGAUUCACCUUUGUUUCUCCCAUUCGUUCAAAGACCAGCUAUUGUGGACUGGGUUUUUCUUUGAGAAUUUUGGGAGAAGGUGGACGAUGGCCGCUUGUUUGAGAGUAUGCCUUCAAUCGACGCUAAAGAUCUUGAAUUCGGUUAUGGGGUUGUUAGGGAUGGCCAUGAUUAUGUACUCUCUAUGGAUGAUUCGAGCUUGUCUCCGGCAAAUAGGAGAGUUAUCACGGGGAUUCUCUGAGUCCAGCUCUAGCCCUUCAUGGUUCAUUUUUGCCUUUCUUGGAUUAGGAAUCUUCUUGUGUGUGCUAACAUGCUCAGGACAUAUAGCAGCUGAAACCAUUAACAACCAUUGCCUUUCUUGUUAUGCAGCGACCCUCAUCUUCCUGCUUAUUCUAGAGGCUGCUAUCACUGCAGAUAUAUUUCUCAACAGGAACUGGGAAGAGGCCUUUCCGCAUGAUCCAACGGGAAGGUUCAAUCAGUUUAAAGAAUUUGUUCGAUCGAAUUCAGGAUUAUGCAAAUGCAUUGGCCUAUUGGUUGUGGCUGUCCAGGCAUUGUCCAUCUUGCUGUCAAUGGUUCUUAGGGCUAUAGGACCAGACCAGGGAGAGUAUGAUGAAAGUGACGAUGAUUCCUUGCCAGCAAGACUGCCUCUAUUGAAGAACCAGGCUCAUGUCACUCAUGCAGCUGACCGUAAAUUUCUGGGGAACAAUGAUUCUCGAAGUGUCCAGAUUGAUGAUACGGUUAGCAGGUAAUAAAUAUUCAAUCAAGUUUCAGGAUGCAGCCAGCUACUAUUUUAAUCAGUUUGGCUCUCCUGCUUCUGAACUGACAACACAUCUAAAUUUUAAAUAGAUGAGGAAAUAUUAAUCUUAUCUCAACACAAGGGUUGGUAUUGUUUGACUUGAAUGCAUCAAGGCUAAUCUACAAAUGUAAGGAUCUACUGAUUUUACAGCUAAUGAAAUGAAUUAACCUUGUGAUCA